UAAAGCCUUGAUGAGGAUUUCAGCAAUUAAUUCAUCUUCAUCAAUCGUACGUUUAUAACAAAAUGAAAGAGACUGCAAUUAGCGUUUUAGGUCUACUGAGUUUGUUCCUCCUUGAGGUGGUCUCAGCGAAUGAGAUAAUUAAUGGAACCUUUGUACUUGAAGGUAUUAAUAAGAAUGCAUCAGGCGGCGUGUUCGCGAAUGGAGAUGAAUGUGGAAUGCAAGCUAAUCAUCGCUCAAAAUGUCCUAGUGGGAUGUGUUGUAGUAUAUGGGGUUGGUGUGGAACAACAUCAGAAUAUUGUGGUUCUGGAUUUUGUCAGAAUCAAUGUACUGGCCCCUCCCCACAUGGAAGUUGUGGGAUGCAAGGUGGUGGUACAAAAUGUCCUAGUGGACAGUGUUGUAGUCUAUUGGGUUGGUGUGGAACUGGAUCAGACUUUUGUAAACCUGAAAUUUGUCAGAGUCAAUGUUCAGGCCCCCCCUUCCCAAAUGGACGAUGCGGAUGGCAAGCUGAUGGCAGAUUAUGUCCUCGUGGACAAUGUUGUAGUGUUGAUGGUUGGUGUGGGACCACAACGGAUUAUUGUGCUAGCGGACUAUGUCAAAGCCAAUGCCCAUUCACACCACCUCCGUCUCCACCCCCACCUUCACCUCCACCUUCACAAUACCAAUGUGGAAUGCAAAAUGGUGGCACGAAAUGUAAUAGAACCGGAGAGUGUUGUGGUAUAUCGGGUAUGUGUGGAAACACAUACGAGUAUUGUUUUCCUGGAUAUUGUCAGAUGCAAUGUCCAGGUCCAUAUCCAGAGGGACGAUGCGGAUGGCAAGCUGAUGGUAAAUCAUGUCCUACUGGACAAUGUUGUGGUAACGCUGGUUGGUGUGGAAUCGGCCCAGGCUUUUGUGACCCAAUUUUUUGUCAAAGUCAAUGUAGCGGUGCACCAAUCUCAACCGCAAAACGAGAUGGAGGCAUUCGAAGCUUCUUGCUCAAUGCAGCUCUUGUCUAGAAUAUUUACUUUUGGGGCUAUUAUUAUUAAAAUGCUAUGUGUGUAAUCAUGAUGCAUAUAAAAUGCAUCAACUAAUGUUUAUAAAUAAAUGAAUGAAUGAACUACUUUAAUUUCGAUUUCAUCAA